AUGGAGGAUGACGUCUCCGCAUAUCUUGACAAGCCACCUAUGAAUGAUGGAAACGUGUCCCUCGACAUCUUGGAGCCAGAAGAAGGAUGGCUAUUUCCGGCCGAUCCUGAUGUAAAACUAGCCAUUCAAGUCACACUAGCGAUAGCUGUCAUUCUCAUUUUGAAAGUCGUCUACGACAAUUGGCUUUUUCGUCGGCGACAGAGACAACAUCUCGGAGAUGAUGAAGAGAGCGAACGACACAGGGCCAACACCCGAAGAAGAAUAGACGAGGCGUUACAACAACCUGCUCACGAGUGCCCGAUUUGUCUUGCUGAAGCCAAUUUUCCUGUAUUGACAGACUGUGGACACAUUUUUUGCUGUAACUGCAUCAUCCAGUACUGGCAACAAAGCAAAGCGAUUGUGAGCCCAUGUGAUUGCGCAAUGUGCAGAUGCACGUUCUACAUGCUUCUCCCGGUUCGUUGGCCUACCUUCGGAGUAUCUGCUGAAAUUGACGAUCAAAUUCAUGAGGGUAAUAUGCGAAUCGAUGAUUACAACAGAAGAUUUUCAAUCAACAGACCACCGUUGGAUUAUCUACGAGACAUUCCGAUUCUCAUCCCAUAUCUCGCCCGCAACUUCUUCAACAACGAUAUCUUCACUGUCAUCUAUCAAAUUCGUAUCGCAUUCGUGACUCUCUGCGUCGUCAUAUAUUUCCUGCUCCCAUUCGACAUUGUACCAGAGAGUGCCUACGGAAUCAUCGGCUUCCUAGACGAUUGUAUCAUCGGACUUCUCGCCGCCGGGGCUCUCUUCCGUUGGUUCCGAGCGUACAUGGCUGAGCGUGGUCGAGCUGACCGUCAGUAA